UUUCCAAAUAAUUACCGAUGAAUAUCAACCACAAUAACAGUAAUAAUAAUAUUAAUUAUAUUAACAACAACAACGCCAGCAUGGAUAAGCCACGUAACAACACCAAACGGAAACGUAUUGACUUAAAACGUAUACGCAAAUACGCUGCCUAUUAUUGUCAAUCGCCUUCGGCCCGCAGUCCAUUUCACGGAGCUGGUACUUCGUCCCUGCAUCUGACAACAAUUAAACAGCAGGCCAACAGCAACAACAAGAGCGGUACAACAACAAAAUCAAGAGGCAAAACCUAUAAUGAAAUCUCAAGCCAAUACGAGGCCCAGGGAAUUUUAAGCAAUCAAAAAGUGAUUUGUAAUCACCCGUUCCUGAUUAAGUUCCAGUACACCGAUGAGGAUAUAGACGGCUUCCAGGUGAUCAAUACAAUGUCGAAUCAAGCGAAUGGAGAGAAUGGAGAUGCUGAAGCCAAAAAGCCUUUAAGCCCCAAUGGACCUGCUGCUGCCUGCAAACCCAAAAUCCAACCCAAAUACGAUGUCCAUCGUGAUGUGAUGACCCAUGAGUUGGUCAUCAAACAAACCGGUUACAAUGCCCGCGAUAAAAGUAUACCCUAUGGGCUGAAGACAUGUUGGCAGAAUUGGUCCUUUUGGUCCAUGUUCGCCGGCAUCAUCCCCAUUGUCCAAUGGCUACCGAAAUAUUCGUUAAAACGUGAUUUAAUUGGUGAUAUUAUAGCCGGUUUUACGGUUGCCAUUAUGCAUAUACCUCAUGGCAUGGCCUAUGGUCUGUUGGCCGGUGUAUCACCGGGUUCGGGCUUAUAUAUGGCCAUCUUUCCUACGCUAGUCUAUAUGAUCUUGGGUACAUCGAAACAUAUAUCGAUUGGAACAUUUGCGGUGGCCAGUAUGAUGACGCUGAAAGUGGUGCAGUCAUAUGCCUCGGAUGAACAGCAGUUGGCGGAGGGAGGAGAGGGUUUGAUAACACCGUUGGAGGUGGUGACAACGUUGGCCUUUACCACGGGCAUACUGCAUCUUGCCAUGGGUUUCCUGCGGCUCGGUACCCUAUCCUCACUGCUGAGUGAUCCCCUGGUAAAUGGUUUUACCACCGGUGCUGCAUGUCAUGUGGUGACAAGUCAAUUGAAGGAUGUCUUUGGGGUAUCAGUUCCUCGGCAUAAGGGUGCCUUUAAAAUCAUCUACACUCUGAUUGAUCUCUGUAAGGCCUUGCCUCGGACAAAUGUGGCUGCGUUGAUCUUUUGCCUUGGCAUAAUGGUCUUCAUGACGAUAUGUAAUGAAGUGGUGAAACCAUGGUUGCGGAAACGUUGUCGCUUCCCCUUGCCAGCCGAAUUGAUUGCCGUCAUUGGUGGUACUGUGAUAUCAAUGCUCGUCGAUGUCCAGGUGAAAUAUAACAUCAAGCCAGUGGGUGAUAUUCCCGUGGGUUUGCCAAUGCCAGUAUUACCUCGCAUGGAUCUGGUGCCACAUCUAUUUGUGGACUCCAUUGCCAUUUCCAUUGUAACGUAUUCGAUUGUCAUGUCACUGGGCCUGACAUUUGCCAAGAAACACUCGUACGAGGUGCGACCAAAUCAGGAACUGUUUGCCAUGGGUAUAGGCAAUAUUGUGGGUGGUUUCUUUCAAUGCAUACCUCUGGCCUGUUCGUUGUCGAGAUCUUUAAUUCAAGAGCAGACAGGAGGUGCUAGCCAGCUGGCUUCGCUGGUGUCGGCUGGUAUCAUUUUGUGUACGCUGUUUUGGGCUGGCCCAUUUUUCAGCUUUUUACCCAGGUGUGUCCUGGCUGGUGUCAUCAUCGUUGCCCUGAAACCCAUGUUUAUGCAGGCCGGCGAACUGAAGAAAUUCUCCAAACAGGGCAAACUGGAACUUUUGACAUGGAUUUCAACAUUUUUGUGUGUGGUGCUAAUUGACAUUGAUAUUGGCCUCCUUAUUGGUGUCUGUAUCUCCCUCCUCUCGCUGUACAUCAAGGGCCUCAAACCCUAUUCUUGCCUGCUGGGCUAUAUACCCGAAGCCUCAGCUGUCUAUGUGGAUAUGAAUCAUCAUCGCAAUGCCUUUGAGGUGCCCGAAACAAAGAUAUUCCGUUAUGCUGGUUCAUUGAAUUUUGCCACCUCCAUGUAUUUCCGUAAGGCCCUGAACAAAGCCCUGGGCUUGGAUGGUGAUAAGGCCCGCCGAGCCUCCUAUAUGCCGUUGUCACAAAAUGGCUCUGCAACAGCAGGAGCAGCAGCGGCAAAUGGUGGCCUCAAUUCCCUAAGCCAAUUGAAUUCCUCGUUCCGUUAUUUGAUAUUGGAUUUCAGUAUGUUGGGUCACAUCGAUGUGGCCGGUUGUCGGACGCUGUCGGAUGUUAAAAACGAUUUGGAAAAACGUGGCGUGUGCACCUACAUGGCUACGCCCACCGAUCGGGUGUAUGAUUGUCUGGUCCAUAGUAUGGUGCUGGGCGAGGGCCCAUUUGAAAUUUUCCCCACCCUUCAUGAUGCUGUGGAAUAUGCCAAUGCUUGUCGCCUGGCGUGAUAUUUAGAUUAUGUUAAUACAGCUACUACUACUGGUAUUAGUACAAGAAGAAAAGGCUUAGUAGAUAAGGACAGGAUGCAGGAUGCGGACGGCGAUAAUGAGUCCUUGUUAUGACAAUUUUAUUAUUGUUUAGAAAUAAGAUUUUAGGUUAGUGAAAAAAAAAAUCAAGAAAAGGAAACAAUGCGUUCUAAAAUAUUGUAAAUUUUCUUUGUAACGAAACAUUUCAGAAUUCCCAAUUUGUGGAAGAAAAAAAAAAAAUAACAACAAACGACAAAAUCAUCUCUUAAUAAGAAAACAAAAAAAAAGAAGAACAUAAAAGUGCCUGAAAUAAAAGUUUGUAGGUUAGGUUUCAUUUUGAAAAGAAAUAUUUGUAUUUAAAAAAAAUAAUAAUAAUAAAAUAAAAUAAAAAAUGAAAGAAAUUUUAAUUAUAUAUUUUUAUUUAUAAAUAAUUGUUUGUAUGUAUGUAAAUGUAUUGAGAAUAUUUAUAAGAAAAAGAAAAA